AUGGAAGAGAAAGAUCAGAGCAGCAGAGAUGCAGGAGACGAAUCCAACCGAGCCAUCCUGCCGCUGCUCGAGCCUCCCGGAAACCUGCACCGGAUCACCAACUUCUACAUCGACAACAUUUUGCGCCCGGACUUCGGACGCAGGAAAGAAAGCGCCGCCGCCGCCAACGCGACCGAGCGCAGCGACAUUAACGCGUCCGGGAGGGAGAACCGGUGUCCUUCAGAGGCGGGGACUGACACAGACCGAGCGGGAUCACCGGGCUCGGGUGAGGGAGCAUCGAACCCCGCCGUUAGCGGCUCGAAGCCCGGGGCGGAAAGCGGCGCGGAUCAGUGCGCAAACUCGCUCAAUAACCAGCCGAUGCUGUGGCCAGCGUGGGUUUACUGCACCAGAUACUCGGACAGACCCUCAUCAGGGCCCCGAUCGCGCAGACCAAAGAAGAAGAGUGUGACUCGGGAGGAUAAACGGCCCCGCACGGCCUUCACGGCGGAGCAGCUGCAGCGGCUGAAGGCGGAGUUCCAGUCGAACCGGUACCUGACGGAGCAGCGGAGACAGAGCCUCGCCACCGAACUGCAGCUCAACGAGGCCCAGAUCAAAAUCUGGUUCCAGAACAAGAGGGCCAAAAUCAAGAAGGCGUCGGGCACUAAGAACACCCUGGCGCUGCACCUGAUGGCGCAGGGGCUGUAUAACCACGCCACCAGCGGCAGCAGCGGCACCAAGGACGACAAAUCAGACAGCGAGUGA